CAUUUGUCCACGCAUGCAAACGCAGAAGCCAGUCAGUGUCGCAGGGUGACAUAAAAGCCCAAGCAUACAGCCAGAGGCAGAGAAGAGAAAAGCCAAAUCACCCACACUGAGCAGAACAGACCAGAGGAUUACCCACAGGACAUGGCCUCUGAGACCUACAUGCCAGGCCCUGUGUGCCUCAUUGAGAACGUGAGAGGACAGCUGAUGGUGAACCAGGAAGCUCUGGGGAUCCUGUCGGCCAUCUCCCAGCCCGUCGUGGUCGUGGCUAUUGUGGGCAUGUACCGCACAGGCAAAUCCUACCUGAUGAACAAGCUGGCUGGGAAGAAAAAGGGCUUCUCUCUGGGUGCCACAGUGCAGUCUCACACCAAAGGAAUCUGGAUGUGGUGCGUGCCUCACCCCAAGGACUCAAAGCGUGCCCUAGUCCUGCUGGACACCGAGGGCCUGGGAGAUGUUGAGAAAGGUGACAAUCAGAAUGACUCCUGGAUCUUCGCCCUGGCGAUUCUGCUGAGCAGCACCUUUGUGUAUAACAGCAUGGGAACCAUCAACCAGCAGGCCAUGGACCAACUGCACUAUGUGACUGAACUGACAGAUCGAAUCAGAGCAAAAUCCUCACCCAACAGUAAUGAAGUACAAGACUCAGCUGACUUUGUGAGCUUCUUCCCAGACUUUGUGUGGACUCUGAGAGAUUUCUCCCUGGAAUUAGAAAUAGAUGGAGAGUCCAGCUCUCCAGAUGCCUACCUGGAGAAUUCCCUGAAGCUACACCAAGGUACUGAUGAGAAAGUUAAAAAUUAUAAUCUCCCCCGACUCUGCAUCCGCAAAUUCUUCCCAAAGAAGAAAUGCUUUAUCUUCGAUAGACCCGCUCAUCGAAAGAAGCUGGCCCAGCUGGAGACACUGCAUGAUGAUGAGCUGGACCCGGAAUUCGUGGAACAAGUUGCAGAAUUCUGCUCUUACAUCUUCAGCACUUCCAGGACUAAAACUCUGCCGGGAGGCAUCCAGGUCAAUGGACCGCGUUUAGAGACCCUGGUGCAGACUUACAUCACUGCCAUCACCAGUGGGGAUCUGCCCUGUAUGGAGAAUGCAGUCCUGGCCCUGGCUCAGAUAGAGAACACAGCUGCGGUGCAGAAGGCCUUGGCACACUAUGAGCAGCAGAUGGGGCAGAAGGUGCAGCUGCCCACAGACACCCUGCAGGAGCUGCUGGACCUGCACGGGGCCUGUGAGAGGGAGGCCAUAGAGAUCUUCAUGAAACAUUCCUUCAAAGAUGUUGAGCACGUGUUUCAAAAGAUAUUGGGGGCCCAGCUAGAAAAGAAGCGCGAUAACUUCUGUGAACGGAAUAAGAAAGCAUCUUCAGAUCUUUGCUCAGCUUUACUGCAGGAAAUUUUCAGUCCCCUAGAAGAAGAAGUGAAGCAAGGAAUUUACUCGAAACCAGGGGGCUACCGGCUCCUUCUUCAGAAGGUGCAAGACCUGAAGAAAAAGUACCAUGAGGAACCCAAGAAGGGGAUACAGGCUAACGAGGUUCUGCAAAAAUACAUGGAUUCCAAGGAGGACAUGACUAAUGCCAUUCUACAGACAGACCAGACUCUCACAGAGAAAGAAAAGGAGAUUGAAGUGCAACGUGUAAAAGCUGAAUCUGCAGAGGCUGCCACGAAAAUGCUGGAGGAAAUGCAAAGGAAGACUCAGGAGAUGCUGGAGCAGAAAGAGAAGAGUUAUCAGGAGCAUGUCAGGCAGCUGACCACGAAGAUGGAGCAGGACAGGGCACAGAUGCUUAAAGAGCACCAAGAGACUCUGGCCCUCAAACUCCAGGAACAAGAGAAGCUGCUAAAAGAAGGAUUCCAAAAGGAGAGCAAAAAACUUCAAAAGGAGAUAAAUGACACGAAAGACAAAAUCAAAAAAGCCAAAAGUGGUGGAUGUGUCAUACUCUAAAGGCCAAAGGAAACCAGCUGUCCUGCCAUCCUUACCUAUUCAGGGCAUAAAUAACAAAAUUUUAGAUUUGAAACAAGUAUCCCUUCAGUUAAUGCUACUUAAGUCUUAUUACUACCAAGACCGGCAAAGACAUGGAAUACAAUACUUAAAGUCAACUUCUUUUCCUUAAAUGAAAUAAAUUUUACACCAAGAUAGAUUUUACCUCUGUAGUAUUUUGAAAAAGAUGAGGCUUCAAUGUGGUAUUUUUAUACAUGUGCUAACUUGUUCUGAUAUCUCAAGGCCUGCAUUACUCUCCAUUAUACCUCCCUCAUCAUCUCAUGCGUUCCUUCCAUUUUCUUAAGGGAGUGACUGUAGAUGCCACGUUGUCUAUUACAAAUGCGCAGCUCCUUCGUGCUGGACCCUUGCUUGUCCCUGUCCACUAGCUGAGCCUGGAAAUCAUGUUGGUCCACCAAAGUAGGAGUAGAAGAGCUGUAUGCACACCCAAGCAGGGGAUUUUAGGGGAUUUUUCUCUUAAGAUAGGCAGGAAUUUGAGUAGAAACUGUUGUGGAUAGUCUUUCAAAAUUCUGAUUUUUUUAUUCUUUUGUGUAAACAUGAAGAAGUUGGAUAGGGGCCUCAUGCAGUCCUUCCUUUUAAAGGUUUUUAAAAGGACCGUUAUGCUUUUUUCCAGAGCAGCUGCACAAUUUGACACUCUGAACAGCAGUACACAAGGGUUUCAGUUCCUACACAUCCUGCAAAUACUUGCAUUUUGUUUUUUAAAAUCAUUAUUCAAAUGAAUGAGGUGGUAUGUCAUUGUUAUAAUUUUAAUUUACUUGAUCAUGAUGAAUAAAUUUAAUAUUGUGGACAUUAAUUUAGAUAGAAAUAUUAUCCACAACCAUUGUCAUAAUCUGCAUUUCCUUGAUGACAAUGAAUAAGGUCAAGUGUCUUGUAAUGUGUCUUUUUGAUAUUUCUGUCUUUGAAGAAAUACCUAUUCAAGUCUAAGUUUUUAAUCAGAUUGCUAGCGUUUUUCUAUAUUAAAAACUCUCUGCAAGA